GAGUACUUUUGUUUCUAAAACAAUCAGUUGAUUAAAAUCAAGUGAAAGUCCCUUUGUUUCUUGUUGAUAAGAUCAUUUAUUGAGUGAUCUACAAGACAAUUCAUCUGUAAAUAAUCACAGUUGACAAAGACACUUUGUGGAAUUGACAGCAAAAGGACAAUAGACACGGGAAUGGACGUCGAAAAGUGAGAAAGACAAUACACGGCACUCCAAUACAGAGACCAGAGACAAUAGUGGUGUAUAGGCCGUCUAGGAAUGGAGGGAUGAAAAUAUUGAAAGCGUUUGGAAUAUUGGAGGUUUUUAAUCUGUGAUCCAGGUCAAAUAUUCAAUAGGAAUUAUGAGCUGCAGAGUGACAGAACUGUGGUGUAGUCUUUGGUUUGGAGUCUCAAUUCCUAUAAGACGUUAAAGGCGUUGGAGUUUGAAUCCAGAAGUCAUGCAAAGACAGGACUUUGAAAAACGUUGGUGCAAAAAUUUCAAUGUCACAUUUGAGCUGCCUCGAUAUGCUGCUAAACGACUUCGCGAUCUUGCUGUUUCGGGUGAUACCAGACUGAGAGAGAUUGGUAUUUUGAAGGUACAAGUUCGAGAAAUAAGAGGUUCCUCCUUUGAAGAAAAAAGACGCGCCCUUCAUAGUGAAAGGUUCAGUUAUUCGGAUCAAAUUAGGCCAUAUUUUUAUGAAAAUGAGUACCCACUACAGGGAGACAGACAAGUCGGCCAGGCAGACCCAUUGGAGCAUGUGGCCUAUCUAUCCUCCCCACCACAGGUCGUUCUGUACAAUUACUUGAAUCCUUCGCAGCAGCUGAUAAAAGAAAGGCACGAUGUUAGGCAAGGUAUAGUUCCUGGGUACGAGAGAGGUGAAAUUCGAACAAAAAUCAUUGGUAUAUCACGUGGAGUGUUGACGGAAGAAAGCUUUCCAAUCGAUGGAGGUUCUUUGGAAAUUGUUCCAGAAUGGCUGGUUAAGAGUUCUUUGUGUAUAUCGUUCAGAAAACAUGGUAGAUGUGAAGUUGCUUGUCAGACUGGUUCUGAAAGAGUGAUUUAUAGGCCUAGACCCGGAUCAGGAAGGUUUGAGCCACUGCAGAGGCAGACAUCUAGAAGCGAACUGCUGUGGAAUAAUAAUGGGGCAUACAAGGUCUACGAGGACAGUGAGCCUGGGAGAGUUCACACUAACCCAGAAACAUUUUCACAACUGGCGUCAUCGGAUUCGGGCAGCGCACAAUGCUCGUCAGAAAGUAUUCUCAUACUCGAAUCUUUAGCAAACUCUCUGGUUACUUCCGAUGAGAAAAGGAAGAAAGAAUCAAGCAUAGAACAUCCAAAUUCUAAGAAAUAUGAAAAACUUGCAGAGAAGAAUGACGUUUUACUUCCUACUAGUAGAGCAAUUACAGCGCCAGAUCAACAGCUUGUCAAGGGUGCUAUUCAUCAAUCACAUGAGAGUGUAAGCAUCUCAAAUCAAACAUCAGUAUUAUCAGAACAAGAUGCAAGCAAAGUAUCACAGUAUAGCUUUGAUUGUUUGAGUCAGGCGGCUGUUAGGCCAGCAAAGGAGUUUAAGAAUACUGAAAUUUCAACCUUUAACACACAACGCUCUAAGGAAGAUGUAAAAUUGAAAGCUGAACAAAUAGAAAGCAGGAUUACUGAAAAUGCAGAUGUUGCGAGUGGCGACAAAGGUGAAGUGGAAUCCGAUUCACAGAGAAACCUUGAACUGAAGGAUACACAGGACAGUUGUGCUGAAGAUGCUAAGGAAAAUGUACCCAUGGAGCAAUUAAAUGAAACACCAAGUAAACAUGUUGCAGCAAGGAUUGACGAAAAUAGUUAUCCUGUUGGACAGGAUUCGCAUGAAGUACAGGUGGAAGAUUGUAAAUCCCAUGUGGUAUCAUUCAGCAAGGUGCAAAGUGUGAGCAAAGUUUCUAUACAAAGACCAUUUUGCGAUGGUGACAUAAAAUUCCAUGGAUCUUUGCCAAUCUCUGUGAAUCUUGAUUUAGAUUACCUUAAAGGGAUUACUGCAAGGGGAAAUGAAAACAGAGAGAAAAAAGUCAUUACAAAAUAUGAAACGACACCAGAACAAUUUGAUCGAGGCCAAACUGGAGAGAUGGAAGUUAGCAGUCAAGAAAGCAAUUCUGGCUAUGUGGUGAAGAGAAAGCGUGGUCGGCCACCAAAAUCAGGAGCAAAUUACAUCCAAGUGCCUGUUGGUGAUAAAAAUAAAAGUAAGAAAGGAAAACAGAGGCCAAUUCCAAGGGUCCUAACGACGACAUUGAUUGAAAAAGAGACAAUUGAUUUGGAUGGAGACAUCAGUGACAAUAAGCUGUUUCUUGUUGAUUCUGAAAAGUUUCAUGAUUUUGGAGAGAAGUCUUCUGAGAAAGACAUUGGAAUGCCGCAAAGCAGAAGAAGUAGCUCUUCUGAUAGUUACAGAGCUUCAAGUGUUCACAGAAGUGAUGAUGACUCUACAAGUACAGUGUAUGAUAAUGAUGAUGACGUACCACUGAAGUUGAUAGCCAUGCGAAGCGUUGAGAAAAGUGACAACACCUCCCAUUCCCGAGAAACAUUGGCAAAAGGAAAAACACUGAAGAUGUCAACUGGUGACGGAACUCAUGUAGAAAAAGCUACUUCUAAACAUCAUUAUAUCCAUCAUUUGGGUAGCCCUAGUCAAAUAGAUGUUGAUAAAAGAGUCCGCUCACGCAGUCACAGAUGGUACCAGAAGGAUAGCAUUCAUAGAGAUGUUGAAGAGCUCUACAAUCGUCUGUAUCCAUCUGUUGCGUGUGAAACAGACCAGCUUUUGCCAGAAGAUGUAUACUAUGGAGAAAACUAUCCAAUCAUAUUUGCAGAUGAUGACAGUGUUGGGAUGAAAUUUGUUGAUAUGAGCACGGCAUUUAAACUGGCUAUGAAAGAAAAUUUAUCAAAGAAAGCUACUAUGAAUCUUGCAAGUACUAGAGACGACCAGAGAAGUAUAGAUAGUAUUAAAGGACCCGGGAAAGAUUUCAAAUCGGAAACAGAUUUGUUGAGCCAAGAUACUCACAUUUUCGAUAGAAUGCAGAGUCGGCGUUCUGGUGUUGGUGCUAAAGCGACAAAAACCCAGUCAGCAAAGAAAAAGAGCUCAGAGACGUGUGGCGACAUAGAGUUCACUGUGGAGAGACCUCAUAGAAGGGUCACUGUGGAUGUCGAAAUACAGAAACCGAGUCACAGAAUGAGUCUGCGACCAAGAAAAGCUGUUGCAGUAGGAGAAGAGUAUUCGUCCUCAGAUAGUUUUGAUGAGGAUUAUGACGACACAGAGCCUGACACAUGUCAAUCGUAUGAUUCAGACGAAAGCAGUGACUCGGAGCCGUUAAUAAAUAAAGUAAAAAAGGCUGGUGGGCCAAGUGAUACUUCUUCCGCUACGCAUGACAGCAUUCUAAAGGAGUCGAGCAUCGAGACUUCAAAUGAAAGUGACAUGACAUCACAACCUAAUCAAUAUGACGUCAUUGUCGUUCCCAGGACUACAGAGAGUGCCAAGACUGUACUGCCUUAUGACCCUAUAAGGCCGUCGCGCUCUACUGAAAGAGACGAUUUUAUGAAGGACAACAUAGUAAUCUAUGAACACACAAGGAACGAUUGUGCCAAGAAAAGUAAAGAAAAAGUUGAUUCUUCUGUCAAACAUGAACCUGGAGAUGGGUUUGAAAAACAAUAUGUUAAAGAGGUUGUCAACAAGGCAGACGAUUUUAACACCGCUGAAGAAAAUGAUGGUAAUGGAACCAGCUCUACUUAUUUGAAAACAUCACAAAACACGUCAGCCAACCUUCCUUUAAAAAAUUCCAAUGAGGUAAUAUUGGAGCCUGGAAGCUGUAAACAGACAGCUUCUACCAACACAGGAAAUGAUAAUGAGCAAUUACUGCAUGUUGUGCUGUCACCAAAUGUUGUUGAAGAUAAUGGGAAAGACGCUACACGUAACGGAAAGAGUGAUUUGAAACGUAAAGGAAAUACUGAUGAUGCAGAGAAUGAACUGAAAGAAACUAAACAUAAAACAGAAAAAACAGAGUCAGAUGAGAACAGGAAAGUUUCCUUAGAGAAACAAAGAACAACCACAGAGAAAUCAGAUAUUAAUUUAGAAAGUGAAAAGAUGGAAUCGAGUAGCACUGAGGUAAUUGAAAGCAAAAGAAAAACAGAUGAGCCAAAUGAAGCAUUGCCCUUGACUAUCGGCGCGAGUGGUCUUGGAGCUGGGAUUAGUAGAAGGACAGUUACCUGUGAAAAUGUGCAGAUAUCUGCAGCUGGAGAGGAAAAGACGAUAGAAACACGGCUGUCAAGGAAUAGUGAUAAAAAUAAAGAAAAGAAUGAGGGAGCUGGUACACUACCAGUAGAAAGUGAAGAAGGAAGGGGUGCUCAAAACGAUUUACUUGGAGAUAAUGUAAAAGCUUCGUCUUGUGACAGGGACAAAGGUAUUGAAGAGGGUGCUAAAGAAAAAAGCGACAUGGGCUCUUUAUCGACUAAUGAAAUUGAUAGCAAGGCCAGUCGAGAUGACAAGAAAACAGCAAGACCAGAUAUUCGUUCCCAGGUAGUCAAAAAGAUAGAUGUCAAGAAGGGUCAUAUAAGAAGUGGUAAAAUUGAGAAUGUUCCUAGCAAAGGAUCUUCGAAUGUUGGAUCUCGUAUUACUAAACUAAUUAAGAGUAGCAUUGAAAAGGUGGCUCAUUCUUUUGGGAAAGCAAAGGAAGGUAAAACACAUAGCCAAGGUCGACCAGCUGACCAGGAGGAACAUACUGUUAAAACUGUGCAAGGGGACAAGUCUCUUUCACAGGAGAACUUGGAUGUUUCGAAAGCAAAAGCCUUAUUUUCGGAGCCGUCUAAAGAAAGUCACAAGGAAAAGUCAGAGUUGACUACAGGCACUAUCGAUGCAUCAACAAAUGGUAGCCAUAAGCUCAACGUAAAGUCUAAAACAAAAGAGUCAACGGUCAACAAGGAUAUUACAGGAGUUUGCCAGCUUGUUGAUGUAGCUAAAGAAAAGAAAGGUUUGGGCAGAGAAACGUUGGCAGAAAGGACGAAAUCUCCAGGGAAAAAGGAAACUUCUGAAACAUAUGACUCUUCCAAGUCAUUUGAUGCUCGCGUCAAUGUGACAAUCUGCGACGAUAGCGAUACACAACACAACGGACAAAAGCAAAGUUCUUAUCAGAUUGCGUAUCCAAAGACACCAGCUUUGCCUCUCAAAAGCCCAUUGCUAGCUGAUGAAGCUCCAAAGUUUGAUGCCUUGUCUUCUAAUGAUGCAAGGGAUGGCGAGCGAUUUACAAGUGUAGAAGAGAAAGAUUUGCAUUCUAAGUCAUCAAAAGGGUCUUUAAAGGUCGAGCAACCUAGUGAUAGUAAACUGCACAUGCGCACAGGCUCUUCAGAUAAUGCGAAAGGUUCAGGCAGAGCGGAGACAGCAGGAGUUGAGGGCGGUUGUGACCUAGGAAGUAGUGAAAAUGCAAGCCAGCUGCCACAUUCAUGCGACGUUAGCCUUGAAAGUGCAUGGAAACCGGCAGCUAAUUCUAAAUCCCCAGAUUCUCCUUCACAAAUGUCGACUGAAAAGAAAUCUAUGGACGAAACAUCCAUGCUCUCAGUGCCAAAGAAGAAAUUCGAAGAUAUAGACGCUGCUAAAUGUCUUUUAGGCCUAUUUGAUCAGAAUCAGAGUAAUCAAGAAUUAUCGAAUGACAGAGGUACAAUUCCAGAAACCAGCACAUCUGAAAGCAAGAGCGAAAUGUCAACUGCCUUUGGUAAGGAGAAGGGGAAGUUUGUGGUAUCCCUGGAUCAAGGCCAAAGCUGUGCAAAAGGAGCAAGCAAGGAAUUAAAUAACCAGAAUCUUGGUGUCAGCGAUGAACUGAUAGGCAAAGAGGAGACCACGGAGUGUACGAAGGCAACCGAGGUUGAACACUUGGAAUCACUUCACGAUGUCAGGGAAUCACCAGUUGACAGUAUCGGGGAAUCAUCAGCUGUUGGUGCAGCGUUAUCCAAAGAUGAGGAUAUUAGAAGUAAAAACAAAGGAACUACACGGAAUUGCGAUGAACCGGUGGUCAAAGACAGCCAUUUGAUAAUUGCUGGAGAGCAUUCAUAUGUGGAAAAGGCUGGCAAGUCUAGUCUAGCUAGUGAAGCUGUUUGUGGGAAUAUAUUUGAAAGUCUUGCAAGGGAAAAGUUGCCGGAAUUAGUUUCAGACUCGAAAGAAAAGACCAAUAACACUUCAGAUGAGAGAGAUGGGAAUAUAUUUGAGAAUAUUGGUUUAUCUAGCAAAAAGGAAGGACACGAUGAUUGUUUUGUGGAAAAAAAGGUUUGCGUCGCGGAUGCAUCUCACGCUAAGCCUGAAGUUGAGGCAAGCACAAGGAAGAGUGUUAACGAGGCUAAGCUAGUAGCAGAAGAAAAGGGUGCUGAAAGUAAAGUAUUUCAAGGGCUAAGUCGAACCGAGGAAACGGUAGAUCAAAAAUCUGUAGAUUCUGGUGACAGGGCUGGAAUAAAUGAUAGGAUUUUGUCUAGAAAGGAGGCUAAUUGCACUGUGGAUGACUCUAUUGAGCAAAGACCAGGAAUUUUUUCAGUUUUGAGCACAUCAUUAAAGGCUUUAGAUCACAUCGGAGAGAGCGGUUUAUCGUGUAGCGAGGCUGCUGUUGUUUCAACAAGGAUGAGUCAAUCUAAACGAAAACUGGACGUUGCUGAUAAAGAUGACCCUCAUUUGGCCAUAAAAACUGCAAAAGUAGAGCAAGAUGAACAUGUAAAUACGGACAAAGAUGAUUUAUCUACAGGCGAACUGAAAUUGGAAAAGGCAACUCCCACUGAUGAAGGUUGUGCGAAGAGUUUAAGGCCCUGCCAAGUCGCAGGCGAUGAUGGUGAAGAACCUAAAGUCAACAACAACUUGAAGGAAACAGAAAAGACAGAUGAUGAACUUAUACCAAAGAGGACUGAAAAUAGGGUAGAGAGUAGGAUAACUGAAACAGACAAUAAUGAAAUUAAAGUUGCAGCAGUAAAAAGCAUUUCUGGGAAAACUGUUUCAGAAAGUACAUCUCAUAUCGAUAGUUGUGUCAGCAAACAAGCGGACUUUGACAGCAGGUCGCAAAACGUUUUGCCUGCGAAUGUUGAAAGUGACAAUUGUCAUGGAGAUCCAGAGGUAAUUGAAAAAACACAGGCCUUGCAAAGCAUCUCUACAUAUAAGGAAUCUAGUGAUGAGGAAAGUGAAGACAUAGUAGAUAAGUCCUCUGCAAGCAAAAAGGAGCAAGUCAGAGCGAGUGCACAGGAUAGUGAUUGCACAAUUGACGGACAGGAGAAGGGUGAUAGUGUGAGUGGUGGACAGCAAAGUGAAGAGGAAACCAACAGAUCAGAGCAAGAUGGCGGACAGAUGUCUGCUGACGAAGUAUCAAGUGAAGAUGCUGAGACUGGGAGCAAGGAGCUGCAAGGGGAAGAGAAUGACAACUCUGUGAAGUCAGAGGCACAUACCAGAACCAGAAAACGGAGCUUUACAGAAGGCGAAUCGAUACAAAAGUCCGAUGGAAGAAAGCGACGAAAGUCUACUACCGAUUCUGAGUCGGCAGAUGCGAGUCAUAUUGUCCUUACACGAAGCAUGCGACGACAAAGUGGGUCGCCAGCCAAGAGACUUCGAAGCUCUAAAUACUGACGUCAUCAAUCGCAAAUUUGUUCCUAUGCUGUGCAACAGGAUCAUCGCGCCAGUUUCUGCAAUCUCGUUCAGGAUAUGGCAGCAUGUGCUGAGAGUAUUUUGGUACUUGAGCCUAGAGAGAAAACAACGGUUCUAUAACUGGGUGGAUGAAUCUGCUGAUUGACGACUUAAUGGACUGACAGAAACCCAGGAACAAUUAUUUUGCUGUUGAAUUUCGCGGUUGUAUAUAGUUUAAGUGAAGGUAAGAAGACGCUGUUUUCGCUUAUACGAAGGUAAGAUGUAGAUGUAGUUAUUUUCAGAUAUAAUGCUGAAUUGCGAAUAAAGGCUAAGCGUAACAAUAGCUGGAAAAACUGAGAGUUGUUUUUUGUCAGUAGACGGAAUCACUUAAUUCGACUUUUCAGAAAUAGCAAUUCUGAAUUUCAAAAAUAGCACAUGGCGAGGUGUAUUUUUGCUUACAUGUGCCCCUCACCCUAUUUAAUUUUUUUUAAUUCAGUCGUAAUGUCUUUGGGUUGAGCGGCACAAUUGGUGCACAUUUCCACUGAUUUUUCACUUACGGUUAUGUACCUUUAAAUCAUUACCUAACACCCCAUUUCCUCGCAAAAAUAUAUGUUCAUUGCCAAUACAGUCUUUGACAAACUCAGCGACCACUGAGGAUUAUAUCACGAUUCACCAUCAAACAGCUGAUUGGUCAAACUAAACCUAUUUGUCUUCCAAGAACCAAUCAAAUAAUGACUUAUGAUUUUUCACCAAUCAGAAAAAAGAUCAGCUUACGAUGGGCAGAUCCCAAAGAGUUUUCCUUGUGCCCGCAGACUGUGCGUUCUAAAAUGCUUGCAACUCAAUGCAAACACUACGACCCUGAUAUAAUUCGCUGACAUGAAAGUAGGUUUCUGAGAGAGCCCGUGUCUGACAAUUAUCAUUUUUAUUGAAGAAACAACCUUUCUGAAAAUUUUGCCUGUUUUUUCGCUUUUAUCAUCCAUUGCUCGAAUUCUCAGUUCCCCCUCAAGCUAGUGUCCCGAAGAAUUGGUAUGAUUAGCCUUGUUAUGGUAUGGUUUUAACGAUAGCUUAUUUCACAGUUAGGACAAAUUUUCGUACUGUUUUGUACUUUGAUUUUUUUUAUUUGAAUAAAUUAUGUUUUAGUUUUUGUUAAAUUUUUCAUAAGAAAGUUGUAGGGCACCUUGAUAUUUUCUCUGUCAAGGAUUAGUUUUUCAUUAACCCGAUUAAGAGUCUUUCUCAUAUAAGAAUUCGUAAUUUAUCAAAGAUUAUCAUAAAUUCUAGCGAAAUAGCUUUUUGUAAAAAUGCCCUUUUCGGGUUUCAGUCUUGGGCUGGGCGGCAUCUUUUUUAUUUGUAAUAAAAAGGAGCACGCGCACUCAUUCUCGUAGCAAAAUACCCAACAAAGCAGGGAUGGCAUGGCUAGUCGGGCUAGCAGUCAAUACAGAGUUUUAAAGGCUCCCUAUUUAUGCGAGAAUCACUCUGAUAAAACGCUUAUUAAAGAAAGUAGAAGCAGAUGUACAUAUUGCGAGAACUGUAAGGAACACAAAUUGCGAUCUGAAAUUACUCAGGGACCCCGACUUUUUCCUCACUGCAGUUGCUUUAGCUCUGAAGCCUCGAUUUCGAAAUCGCACGGGCUCGUGUUUAGGUGCCAGCCCAUCCAUGGAACGUGUUUAGGCCAGUCCAUCCAUGGAACGUACCCUUUGAAGAAAAUGUUUUUCGCUGUGUAUGCUAGGAUUGAUCAAGACCCUUAUCAGUCGCCCUUUUAAGGCCAUUGCUUAAAUGUAAAACUAGUAUUUUUGUAUCGGAACAUUUAUAAUCGUUGAAUUAGUAUACGGUUCCACUGCUUUUCUAUCGUUGCGUUUGUAUGGCUGUUCCUAAACGAUAUUUUUGUUACUUUUAUAAACAAGUAUAUUUUCAUGUUACUAUGUUUUAUAUUGAAUGCGAUCUUUAAUCAGAGUUAACAUCAUAAUAUAUUUGUAUAAGUAACGCGUAUGUGAUUCCAAAUCAUUUAGCCCUAAACCACGUGAUUUUUACCUCAUCUUUUGUCCUGUUAAGAUGUCCUGGCUUGCUGUCGCGUCUUUCUGCACAAAUCUGACUUUGUCGGUAAGUAAAUGUCGGGGUGUUCAACUCAGACCCAAAAUCGUAGGAAAAAGGAAAAUAACAACGAUGUAGUUCUAUCAAAAUUACAAGGGGGCUCUUACACAAAAUGUUACGAAAAACAAUAGCAAAAGUAGAAAUUUGCCAAUUUUCAGCCUCAAUAAGAGAGCUUAGCCCCCCUGAGCCCCCGAGCAGUGCACCCCUGGAAAAGGAGUACGCACGGGUCCGUACCGCUAAGCAGUGCUGAGGUUUUGGCGGACGGUAAGCCAUCCCACAGAGUUGCAGUAAAAAUUUACAGAAAAGAAAACCAAAGAUACCUCAAACAGUCGGCUGUAGAAUGGUUUCGCCCAAUAUAUUUACCAAAAUCCAAAAACGCAGUCCCAAAAUAUUUUACCCAAAUCCAGAUCUGUUAUAUGUCAGAGACCCGAAUUCAAGUAAAGUCACAGACCUGAAAACAUGAUCUCCUUCCAGCGAUUGAACUUAUACUAAAGUCAUACAGUAUCUUGGGUCUUCUUGAACACCCACUAAGUUUCUUGGGAGGAAAACAACUUGAAGUGGUCUCAAAAUUGAGCCAUCCCCCGUCAUUAUUGUCAGAGCCUUACUUUGUAGUGAUUAAUCGGCUGAGUAUUCUGGAUUCUGUUGAAAAUCCAUUAGUUUUUCUCUAAAAACGCAAAUGAUAUCGAAUUUCCCAUCCAUUUGAAACAAGAAGAAUCGGGUCAAUUUUGUAUCUUUGACAGAGCAGUGGCUGAUUUAAGGGGGGUCAACUAAAGGCAGUUGCCCCUCCUUCAACGAGUUGAAGCAAGUCUGGCGCCCCUUUUUGGAAAUUGUGCGCCACUUUUGAAGAAUGAGAAUCAGAUGAAAAAGGUUCUUGGACCGAUAGGCUAAUUUGCUUCAAGGUUUACCUCAAAGUUAUGUUGUUUAUUCUGAAAAGGUAUCUGAAAUUUUCGUAUACAGCGUACUCUCGUAACCAGUUUUUGAAAUUUUUCAGCGCCCCCACUGCCAACUGCCCCUCCUUCAAAUUUGCUCUGGAUCCGCCCCUGUGACAGAGGGCAUGAGAAACGUGUUAAACGUGGCAUAUGCGAUUUCUCUACGUUUUCGGAUUCUCAUAAAAAUUCAGGUGGCGUUAUCAGUUUGAACGUGAGUGAAGAAAAAAAGAGAGGGCAACUGGCUCUAGUCUGAGUUCGUACGUGUGAGAUGAAAUUCUUGAUGAGACGCGUUUACCAAGCUAAGUAGUAAUUCGCUACCAUUUGUACACCGCCGAGAUGUAACCAAUGUAAUGUAACGUAAAUCCUCAUAUUGCCUGAAAAUUUUUAAAAAGCACCUAACCUCGAGAAAGCCCCUUUCCUUGAAUAAGCCCCUAACCUUGCACACAGAACCUUAUUAAAUGCCACUGUCUGUUAAAUACAACACCAUACUUCCCAAAAAUUGUUAAACGACAGGUAUGUUAAUUAGAGGAAAUACGGUUAGGCAGUGGCAUCGCCAUGGGGUGGACUUCCACCCCAGUUUUGCCAGAAGUCGAUUUUCUAAUUUCUCGAAAUCCGUUGAAAAACAUUGGGGGGGGGUUGGGGUGGAGGGAGGGGGCAAUUUGACUGAUCAGAUUGAUUUCGAUUUUCGCAAUGGCAAAAUAGCCACCGUUACGAAUAAUACCAAAAGAGAAAGCUGUUUUCCAAAAAUUUCAAAAUAGAUAGAAAAUACUAAAAAAGGAUUUCCCAAGAGUCUGAAGGGCGCGGCCGAGAAAAUCUGUUUUUGUCCACCCUAGAUUUCUCGAACUGGCAACGCCACUGCGGUAAGAGAAAUGAAAUUGAAAGGCAAGCAAGACCCAACGGUCUUGCAUUAGAGGAGUAAAGAAAGAAGGCUUUUAAGAGAGAUUCUUUGGGAAGUAAGAAUGGGUCAAACGAGCAAACAAAUUUAAUGUCAAAUGAUGUUUCUUACAAUAAAAAUUCUUUCAUUGCAAUAACAUUUAGAUAUGACGUCUCCAUCUAGACAAUUUCUGGCAUUAUUCAGCAACUAUAUGUUUAGCUUACAUAUAAAAACUAUAUGUUUGGUUUCAACGUGACCAUGGCGAUCAAGAUGACCCCAAUCAACCGUAGUGCACUAGAAAGCUAGAGGGGACAUAAUUAACACAAGCUCUUGCUAUGACGGGCGUUUGAAGAGGCACAAGUGUAAAAGUGGUUUAUGAUGAAUUAAGCUUUAGGUGUACAGAACAGAACAAUCCUCAGCUGCUACUGCCAAUCCUCAGGCAACUGCGAUGGAAUGACUUUGAUGUUGAGGAGGGAAGGGACACCGAAGCAUAUUUUAGAUUGGGGGGGGGGGGGUCUGUGGUAGUCUGCCACCAUCAUAUUUGAUGUCAUAACUUAAAUAUCAUACACCAGAAAAAAGGGGCUAGGGAUACAACCCCCUCCCCAUGCCCCCCAGCCCCCUCCGGCUCUGACGUGCCUAGAAGCUGCACUUUAACCGACAAUGGUAGUCCUGAUAAUCUUUCCGUUGAGAUUCCAUAAGUCCGUGUCAAUGUAGCUCCUGUUAGUAAAUACAAUUCUCCAAAAUACGAAUGACUAGGUAGAGAAGCGAUAAACUAGACUACAGAAUGAAAAUAAUACAUUUUAUUCUGUGAUUAGACCAAAAGAGCUUUCAUAAGCCUUUAAGGCUACUGUGUUAGGUUACUUUUUAGCCUUACAUCUCUUUAAGGUCUACCAUCUGGAUCGAAGAAUGAAAUGGUGAGCAAUAUAAAUACAUUAAAGGCAUUUAACAUGCAUAAGUACAGCGAAUCCAAAAAACUUAGGUCAAAUUGAUCAGAGCACGCCCACAAGAAUGGAAUUGGAAACUGCUCACGUGAAACCACAGCACACUGCUCUAAGAUGGGGGGCAUGAUGGGGGGCAGUGCCCCUUUGCCUUUCACCAGGAGGGGCAGAGGGGACAAAUUUCCCCUUUUUAAGAAAAUAACAUUUUUAAAUACAGUCAUUUUUUGUUUAAAGAUUUAACGUUAACCACAUUUCCCAACGGCUCUUAUGCUACUAUUAUUCUAUUUUGUUAAAAAAUGAUAGAUGAUUACAAAACAAAUGUCAGAAAUAAUGAAAAAUCAAGCAUUAUAAUGUUGAAAGUUACUUCCGUAAAAUUAUCGUAGGCCUCCCAUUGCUAAUUACUGUAACCUAUUGCUAUUGUCACAUAAAGAAAUAAUUUAUUUUUGCACGAUGCCAACCAGCCCAUUAAUAACAAGGCCAUUUGAUACCCAUUUUUAUGUAAGGAUAAUUUUGUCAACAUUUUCUCUAUGUUUAGAAUCUUUGAUGGUGUAAUGGAGCUAAAUUUAGCAAUUUCGCUUGGUUUUUUGUAUACGUAGGUAUUUUGUAUAUUACGUAGAUUAUUAGGAUAUCCCCCUUGUGCAGGCGAGAGAUGAUCCGAAGACUAAAACUUCAAAGAAUGACGGUUUAUUGCGAGCGGCUAGAUACUUUUCCUUUCCAUUUCCAUCUUAUAACCUCCCAAGGCUGAACAUUAAUCUAAACAGCUAGCAUAAACAACGACGGUUCUCCGCGAACUCUAAUACUAACAAUCCAAUGAAACAUAUAACGAGGAACAGCGCAGUCUCUCUCAAGCACUGCCUGUCCUAUAUGCAAACUGGGCCGCAAGAGCUUUCGCAAGCCUCUUGGGUGAAACGGUUAGCUUCCUUCUGGUGUUUAGCCUUUCAUGUCUAUACCUUCUGAAUUUCUCUCCGAAUCUCCUUGAAUCUAACUAACUACGUAUAUUUAUAUGUACAAAGAAAAUACCAGAAAAGCAUAACCAAGCAUAAAAUGUUACCCAAUAUAACUAAUGACUACGCAACAUGAUGUAAUUCUAAUAAGGGGUAAUCCUACGAAAAGGAAAAGUAUAGCUGCUCGCAAGAACAAUGGUAAAAAACCCAGAUGUAUGGGUGGCACUGUAUUCAAGUUAAUAUCUUGUAAUACGUUCCGUAGAAAAGACGGAUAAAUGACGACCAAUUGAUGUUUUCACAUGUAUUUUCGACACAACAAGUCUUACUCACUACUGAGGCCUUUUUCAAGCACCAACAGCAGCUAAUAAACACAACUCUAAAAUUCUCUUACUGACUCUCUCCAAACUACCUUCUACGGGUUAUAUAUAUAUGUGUGUGCUCUGACAAUAGAUUUUGCUAAAUCAUGAUUACACUGCAAAAAUAAUACCAAAUAUAAACGAUGAUGUAAUAAUAGAACGCAAUGGAAUAUUCUUGAACGUACCUAAUGGGGAUAUCCUUGCGUGGUGAGUAAACAAUAAGUUGGCAUGCGGACAGGACAUAGGGAAUUCCCUCUGACAAUAUACCAUGCUAUAUACGUAAUAUGCGAAGUAACUGCGUGCAAAUUCUAGCAAUUUCUACGAACGAAGUAGGCCUUUAGGCGCGGCGCAUAUCAAAGCAAACAAAAUGAGGUUUAUUACAAUCUUAUUAUGUUACCCCAACCUCGCCCCCUCCCACCUAGGAAUACUCGAUUAUGUUAGUAGAAAAAUUACUCGAUUUGCCCUUGGCACCAACACUGCCUCUCCUGCCCUUAUCUUUUGCAGGCGUCCCUGCCAAGAGCGGGUAGAAGGAUAACUUAACGGCGCACAUAUGCGCAAAUCUAGCUGCUGAAGAUGCCCUUUCUAAAUUUCUGCCCCCUUGCCCUUUUUUGGAUCAAGGCGUCCCUGUUUAAAUAAAAGCGGAAUUCGUAUACGACUUCUCAAACUGUUUAUUCUUGGGCUUGUAUUGUAGUUAUAAUGGAGUUGACUGCAAAAGUCGUCCAAUCUCUUAUAAAUUUUUAGCUUUAUGUCUCGUUUCUGGAGCAAUUCUGAAUCAUCUAUUAUGUCAUUGGCAUCUUAUUCUCACGUAUCUAUUCCGGGAGUAACUUCAUUUGCCAUUUUUGGGGUAUCUUUUUUCGAGGAGAAAAUAAGUUUUGGGGUAUAGAUUUUUGUAAAAUCUAAGACGGUCAUAAAUGUUGGGAUUGAUUUUUAGCAAGACCACAAAUUUUGGGGCAUCACUUUUUUGGGGCAUAACUUUAACGUAAAUUUUUGUAUUAUUUCGUUACUUGUGACCACGAAAAUGCAUUUUACCGAAAUAAAGCUACCCCCUACAACCCCUGCAUUCCCCGGUAAAUCCGUCAACAUAAACGACAAUUGAUAAAGACAAAUGGAGGGCUACUGUAUUUCAUCUAACAUCGAAAGAUAUAAGGCAUACGAAAAUAAAGAGAAAGAAUGGGCCUGCUGUAAACCUUCAGGAGUAAACGAUUGAAGGUUGAAGGCCAAAGGAGUCAAUUCUGAAUCAUCAAUUACGUCAUAAGUUACCGCUUUUGUUAUUCCCACCUCUGUCCACAGAAAGUUCAAAUCAAAGCGGAAUAUUGUUGACGUCAGAGUCUGUCUAUAAAAGUUCUGUAAACAUAAUAUUUGCCAGUUCCAUUCGUAAGCUAAAAGGCUAAGAAGCCCAAAACCUAAACGAAUCGCUAAACUUUAUCGAUGAUAAACAUGGAGAGGAAUACCAACAGACUUAUUGUGUCUAGAGUAUGUGCUAUUUUACAGACAGUUUUAUCCGCCACAAUAAUUUGUCAAGGUGCUGUAGUUCUUCUCAAAGCAACGAUACUUCGUGUCGACAUAGCAGAGGCAAUAAUUGCCUUUAUACGCAUAAUAUUGGGCUCAGUGAUUGUAAUUUGUGCAAUAAUAUGGAUUUUCUCCACUUGUUUUCCAAAGUCAGCAGCUAUGAAUGGUACAAACAUGGGGUUUUCGAUAGUGUCAAUCUUGGCUGCAAUUUCAGCAGUUUCUUUUAUGAGCAUAGCAGUGCUAGGAAAUAACAGCUGUGAUGACUACUAUAAAGGGCUGAAGAUGAGUGAUGGAAUAGAUCGCUGUCCGAAGGUUAUUCAAACACAAACAGCAAUUAAUAACACUGCGUUGGCAAUAUCAGUGGCUUUGCUAGGAUUAUCAGUGUUGAAUCUGGUCCUAUGCAGCAUCAGAUGCUGUUGCAACAAGGCAACUGACCAGGAAAUACAAAUUGGGUAUUUUCAACAAGCAAACACAGCAUUGCAGGUGAACAACAGUGGAGAGGCAACUGACUAUCAGUUACAGAUUGGGUACAGCAAACCAGUCAAUACAGAAGUUGAGAAGCUCAAAGUGGAGAUGUAGAUACACUUUUUAGAAACACGCACUUUAACAAACACUCUGUAGGUAGCCUUGCUUUCGAAAAAACAGACGUUUAGUUAAAAGCUGGGUUACACUACCAAAAGUACAAGUUGCUUCAAAUUUUUCCUAUAAUCACUGGAAAUGAGUGAGAGUGAUUGUGCGAAGUCUCUCGCGUUUUGUCCAUUGUUGCUUGUAGCUGAUAGUUUAGCAAGGUAUCUAAUCUGCAAUGACAAAUAGGUUCCUUUACAACCAAUAAUGUUUUGUCAACUUCCGUAGGGCUUGGCAAUAUCAAUUUUACUUAUUUUCAGUGAUUUUAUGAAAAAUAUGAAGCAACCUUUACCAAAGCAUAACCAUAUCACAUCAUUUAGGUCUACUAAUCUUACAAGAUCUUUUCAAUGACAUCGCAAAGGGAAAUUUUCAUGAUAGUCUGUAGGAUGGGUAUAUCAAUAUCUAUCUUUUUCCAUACAAUGUUUUAGUAUUCAACUGCUGCAACUGAGUCCUUAUUUGCCAUUCCAGAAAAAUUACCACAAAAAUAGGCCAAGAGACAGCCGAGAAAGGUAGUCCAAUGAAGUUUUUUAAUUCAGUGAGUCAUGCAUGCAAAAUAUAUUUCUUGAGUCAAAUUUGUAAGGGCCCAAAUCUUUUCAAGGAAGCUAAUUUUCUAUUUCUGAGCACCAAAUGCCAAAUUAUAAACGGUAAAGAAUUAUAUAAAGGUAAAUAUGUAUGGAGAAAGAAUAUAAUUGCGGGCAACAAUGAAUAAACUCACUGAACAUACCUGUGUUUGUCAUAGUUGAAUAUGGACUCUGUUAGUCUAUGUAUACUUUAGUAGUCAUCUGUUUUAUUUAAUGUAUUGUAGCUAAUUUAUUGUAUUGAACAUUUAUAGAAAAUGGUUAGAAUA